ACCUUGGCCCUAAUCAAGCCUGAUGCUAUGCAAGCAAACCACAAGAAUGCAAUUAUUGAGAAAAUUAAGGAGCAUGGCUUUAUGAUUGUUCGAGAACGUGAAAUUCACUUUUCAAAAGAACAGGCUGGUUUGUUUUAUGAGGAACACGAAGGAAAACCCUUUUAUGAUCAACUCACAGACUGGAUGAGCAGUGCACCUAUUUAUGCACUUGUGUUGGAGAAGCAGGAUGCUAUUCAGGCAUGGAGGGAUUUAAUGGGCCCUACAGAUGCAAACAAAGCAAGAGAGAGUCAUCCUGAUAGUAUACGUGCACUCUUUGGCACAGAUGGUUCCCAUAAUGCGACGCAUGGUAGUGACUCGAUCACUAGUGCAGAACGCGAGAUAGAUUUGAUAUUU